UGAUGUGACAACAAUUAACUAUAUAUACUCGAUAAGACUUAACGAUAUCAGUCAGUUCUUGUGGUUUAGUUUAGUUUAUAAUGUCAAAUAUGAGGCUGAUACUAGCAACCCUGCUGGUGGGAAUCUGCUCAGCUGCCCGUUUAGACAACACAUACCUUCCACCAGGUGCGAAAGGGGCAGGGGGUGGACCAGGCUUGACUGCGCCAUUUGGGCCUGGAGGUGGUGGAAGUAGGCCUGGAGGAGGAGGAGGAGGAGGAGGCGGUGGAGGCGGCGGCGGCGGAGGAGGAGGUGGAGGUGGUGGCGGCGGCAACGGUAACGGUGACGUCAUCCCAAUUAUUUCACAAGAAAACGUCCCCAACAAUGGCGAUGGAAGUUAUAAAUGGAGCUACGAAACAGGCAACGGCAUCAAAGCUCAAGAAGAAGGAGAGCUCAAACCCGGCGGUGAAGAAGGAAUCCAAUCCGCAGUAGGUUCCUACUCAUACACAGCCCCUGAUGGAACGGAAAUCAAAAUAGAAUACACUGCUGACGAAAACGGUUUCGUACCAGUCGGUGAUCACCUCCCCACACCACCCCCAAUCCCACCAGAGAUCCAAAAGCUUUUGGACGAUAUCGCCGCCGAAGGAGCUAAUGGUGGUGGAAAUGGAAAUGGAAAUGGUGGUGGAUAUCCAGGCGGUAAUGGUGGAGGUAAUGGCGGUGGAAAUGGUGGAGGUAAUGGAGGAGGAAAUGGAAAUGGAUACCGUUAUUAGAAGCAUCCAAUCAGAACCGACGCGCCAGUUACCUUAUCCCAAUCGAGCAACUUUAUUAUAUAAGAAUAUUUAUUUAAGCAUUCUGCCAAUGUAUAUAUUCAUAGAGAAUCAUUCAUAUUAUAUAAUGUCCUUUCAUUUGGGCGUAAAUAAUAAAAUAUAAAUAUAAAGUGUAAUUAAAAAAUCAGUUUUAUUUUAAACCAGCCAAAAUUAGCUUAGGAGUUUUUGUUUAAACGAACUUUCUAUCCGCAUAUGAGUAAAAAAUGCACAAAACAUCUAUGAAAUAAGAACUUAACUAGUGUUAUUGGUGUAAUAUGAGUGCAUUUUUGCCAUAUCCCAUAGAUCCUCAGUUCUGUUCCUCAUUAAGGCUCUAAAAGUUCAUUCUAAUUUGAACACUUGCUAACUUUGCCAGCAAAUGCUUGUCAUUUGCCGCAUUCUUAUCCAGUCUUCAUAUUUUUAAAACUAAACCACCUUCUUGGAUGAUAUUUCCUACAGUAGAAUAUUUUGACAAUAAAGACCAUAACAAUCUAAUAGAAAACUUAUGAGCAAAUGAUUCAAAACAUUAACCAACUAAACCAUUUCAACUUAAGAUCUAACCUCAAUUUUUAAGUUAGCUUUUAGGACUUAUCCAUGCAUCUCACAUGGUACUUAUACGAAACCAUUAAGUAAAACAGGAUUUAUAUGUGCUUUAACUCGACGUAAAAAUCACUUAUUAACAUCACCUUAGCUCCAAAGAGACCGUUUAACUAUUUAAGGCCUUUAAGCUUUUUUGUGCUUGUUACAAGUAUUAAUUUUUUGUCUUUAACAAGAAAAUUAAAGCUAAUAACGAAUUACCUCAAAUUUAAUCUAACAUCUUUUUUAUUGCCACAAGUGUGACAAACCAGUCAUCACUCCAAUUUUUCUCAAUGUCAGGUUAACCCAUUCUGUUGAACGGCACGUUAACCCAUUCUGUUGAACGGCACCUGGCUGAAGUAACCAUAUAACGCGCUGGUGCGUGAUAUUCAGCAAAUGUGUUAAUAGCGUCCUAGGUCUUCUGGUUCCCAGUCUCCAUUCGCGUCUAUUGACGCAGCCUCCUGGUCCAUCUCUCUCUCUCUGGCAUUGCUUGUUGGACUCCAUCAAGCCAUGUUGUUGUCGGUCUUCAUCGUUUCUUUGGCUGCCAAUCCAAUAUUAACUAUGGUAGGGAUGGUCUGUCAUUCUUUGUACCAUGUCUGUAGCAAAUAAGCUGUAUUUCUUCUAUGAUGGUGGUGGUUCUGUCCAUGAUUUGUCUUAUUCUUUCAUUUAUUACGUGAACCAUAUACCUGCUGUCCUGCGCGAAAAUAUCCAUUCCAAAGGAGUUUUUUUUGUUCUCUUAGUAAGAUGCCAGGUUUCGUAUCCAUAAACUUCAACUCUUUUGAAAAUACUAUUAUAAUAUAGUUGUAUUUUAUACUGUUUACAGAGUACAAAAACAUACUGUUUUUGAACAGAGUAGUGAGUUUAGUGCACCUUUUAUAUGCUUUAUUCCUUUUUACGAUUCGAUCUCCAAAUUCUGUUUCAUGGUGUACAUUUUUCAUUAAUCAGUUUAAAAAUAAAUUCACUGGUUAUACCUUGACUGAGCUUAUUAACUGUCAUAACUAAAAGAUCAGGAUAAAGCUCUAUAUAGCAGCAGACAUAUUAUGAAAAUAUUUAUUUACCUUAUUCUUAUUAAAAGUAAAUCAUUCACUUUUAGCUUUAUUUUGUUAUUAGAAAAAUGUCUUGUAGCAAAUUCAUCUUAGAAAUGACUUUGUUGUAUUACAAAGAAAAACUUUGAGUCCAACUGUAAUGACUGGUUUCUAAUAAGAACUUUUUCCAAAUAUUGUAUAUUUAGGAAUUAAAAAUACUAUUGUAAUUAUUUGUUUAACUCAAAUAAUUUAUUUUCAAUUAACUGAAAUUUUAGUUUGUAGACUUUUAAAAGUAUUGUGUAAUACUAAUAUAUUUACGCCUAAAAUCAUUAUCAAUCCAAAAAGGAUAUUUUACAUCUGUUUUAAAUGUAUGUUCUCCUUUUUUUGGAUUGAUGAUGAAAAUGUUACCAAAAUAUUUAUUUUCAAUUAUUGUAAAUGAUAAACAUGGCUGACGACUAUGCUAGAACAAGGCUAAUUGAUCGAUAUUAUGAUUUUUUUUAUAUUAUGUACUUUAAUUCGUGUGAUUGUCUCGUUUCACUAUUUAUUGUUAACUGAGUGAAAUAUGUUGCUAUUGCUACAUUUAUUGGUUGUGCACUUUAAGUUAUAUAUUAUGCAAUUUUUGUCAACGCAUUAUAUGUUUUGUCUUAAAA